GUAGAAAAAGCGAUAGUCGCUAUCAUACGUAUCGUCAAGCUGAUAUUGUGAGGACGCUUAUCACGAGGAGUUCAGUGGACACGUAGCCGCACACUUGUCAACACACAACAUGGCUGAACACCGCGCAGGCAAAGCCGGCAUCAACGCCGAGGCCCAGGCUCGCAUCCACAGCAAGUACAACGACGAGAUUGCACAGGAGACCCUCGAGUGGAUCAGGAAGCUGACUGGCGAGCCGGCCAACACCUCCGGAACCGCCGAGAAUCUUUACGAGGUACUUAAGGAUGGUACGCCUUGCAAACUAGUCAACGCUAUCCAGGAAGGGUCAGUGAAGAAAGUCAACCAGUCGACGAUGGCCUUCAAGCGCAUGGAGAAUAUUAACGCGUUCCUGGAAGCGGCGAAGAAGCUCGGCGUGCCCCCACAGGAGACUUUCCAGACCAUUGAUCUGUGGGAGAAACAAAACCUGUACUCGGUGGUGAUUUGUCUGCAGUCCUUGGGCAGGAAGGCGGGUAAUUACGGCAAGCCGUCCAUCGGCCCGAAGGAAGCCGAUAAGAACGUUCGUGAAUUCAGCGAAGAGCAGCUGAAGGCCGGACAGAACGUCAUCUCGCUGCAAUACGGCACCAACAAGGGUCAGCAGUCGGGCAUCUCAUUCGGUACCCGUCGUCAAAUGUGAUGUAUUUAUUAUUAAUUUAUAAACAUUAUAUUGUAAUAAACGUUUUCUAAUUUUUUUUA